AUGGCCUCUGUUAUCUGCAUUCUCGAUUCCAAAGGUGCCCCGCUUAUCUAUCGAACCUACCGGGGUGAUAUUUUGCAGGAUGUCCCCUCCGUAUUUCGUCGACGCGUUAUUGAUGAAGACGAGUCACGCAUAAAACCUGUUUUCAUUGAAGAUGGCACUACGUACACCUUUGUUCAACACAACAAUGUAUAUUUUCUUGCGGUGAGCAACGUGAACUCGUUCACACUCCAGCAAGUAGCUUUCAUGCGACGCUGUAUUACCGUCUUCGAAAGUUACUUUAAGCGCGUGAAAGAGGAGACCAUACGUGAUAACUUCGUCAUCAUUUAUGAGCUGUUAGACGAGAUGGCUGACUUCGGGUUUCCACAAUACACCGAGGGGAAGAUCCUCAAGGAUUAUAUUUUUCAGAAAGGACUCAUUGCUUCUCUAUUGAUGGACGAUACGCUAGCCUCAAAGACCCUACCCGCGGCGGUGACUGGCGUGAGUGGUGUAACGCCAUGGCGUAUGCCGGGGAAAUAUCUUUAUAGCAACAACGAAGUGCUUUUUGACGUCGUUGAGCGAAUCAGCCUGCUGGUUGGGCAAAACGGCGAAACCCUCUCGAGCGAUAUCAGAGGGUCUGUCCUAGCCAACGUGCACCUUUCCGGAAUGCCGCUCUUGCACAUGGGUCUCAAUGAUAAACUGUUCUUCGAUCUCAAUGGUCGUAGGUGUUCCCGAAACACGAUCGACCUGGAGGAUUUUAAGUUUCAUAGCUGUGUUAAGCUUAACCUCUUUGAGAGCGAGCGCAUCAUUAGUUUCAUUCCGCCGGACGGGAAAUUCGAGCUUUUCUCCUAUCGCUUGUGUAAGAAGCUGCUAUCACCGGUGAUGGUGACGUGCCAAGUCACCCGCUUUGGUACUUCGCGGGUGCAGAUCUCGGCUGUGGUGCGCACCAUGUAUCCCCCUAAAGUUGCCGCCAACAUGUUGGAAAUCCUCAUUCCAAUCCCAGCUGAUGCGGAUUCACCCUUUUCAAGUUGUUCGCAUGGGUUAUUCCACUACGACGCGGGAUCGAAUUUCUUAGUCUGGAACCUGCAUAGCGUUUCUGGAAAGAGAGAGUUCAACUGCACCGUGCAAUUUCACCUACCAAGUGUGCGCAGUGACGAGGCUCUGGCGAAAGCCCCGAUCCAAGUUCGAUUCGAGAUCCCAUACUUUGUGCCAUCGGGUUUCCAAAUACGCUAUGUGAAGGUGACAGAGAAGUCAAAUUACGAGUCCUUGGCGUGGGUGCGUUACCUUACACGGAGCGGGGAUUAUCAGAUCCGAACUGAUUAA